AUGAGAAUCUACAAGGACAUCAUCACCGGUGACGAAAUGUUCGCUGACACCUACAAAAUGAAGUUGAUCGACGAUGUAAUGUAUGAGGUGUACGGCAAAGUCGUCUCCCGCUCCGAGGGCGAUAUCAAAAUUGAGGGCUUCAAUCCAUCGGCCGAAGAAGCUGACGAAGGUACCGAUACCAACGUUGAGACUGGUGUCGAUGUUGUCAUGAAUCACCGCUUGCAAGAAUGCUUUGCCUUCGGCGACAAGAAAAGUUACACCAUCUACUUGAAGGACUACAUGAAGAAGGUCUUGGCUAAGUUGGAAGAGAAAUCCCCCGACCAAGUCGAUGUCUUCAAGACCAACAUGAACAAAGUCAUGAAAGACAUUUUGGGCCGUUUCAAGGAUUUGCAGUUCUUCACCGGUGAAUCCAUGGACUGUGAUGGUAUGGUCGCCUUGUGCGAAUACCGUGACAUUGACGGCGAAAGCGUGCCCGUAUUGAUGUUCUUCAAACACGGUUUGGAAGAAGAGAAGUGCUAA